AUGAGCUUGGUGGGCGCAGAGCGUCGCAGGCCCACGCCGGCCCAGACGCCCGAGGAGAGGGACGUGUGGAGGGAUGGAGGACGGGCUGGCUGGAGGGAUGCGGGGAGGGAGGGCUGGAGGGAGGGAAGGGAGAGCGGCGUGGUGCAGAGCUACAGCUUCGACUCGUACCAGCUGGAGGAGGAGGAGAUCAGUAAGGACGCCCCAGAGCGAGGAGUGCUGGCUUUGUCCGAGCCCGACUUUGAGGAACCAAUCCCCGACGACCGUUACCAUGGCAUCUACUUUGCAAUGCUAAUGGCCGGAGUGGGUUUCCUGCUUCCCUACAACAGCUUCAUCACUGAAGUGGACUACCUGCACCACAAGUUCAAAGGGACGUCCAUCGUGUUCGACAUGAGUCUCACAUACAUCCUGGUGGCUCUGCUGGCCGUCAUCCUCAACAACGUGCUGGUGGAGAGGCUCAGCAUGCACACCAGGAUCACCGUGGGAUACGUCCUGGCUCUGGGGCCGCUGGUCUUCGUCAGCGUGUUUGAUGUCUGGCUGGAGAAGUUCACCACCCGGCAGGCUUACAUCAUCAACCUGGUGUCGGUGGGCGUGGUGGCCUUCGGAUGCACAGUGCAGCAGUCCAGUUUCUAUGGUUACAUGGGGAUGCUGCCCAAGAGGUACACACAGGGGGUGAUGACUGGAGAGAGCACAGCUGGAGUGAUCAUCUCGCUGUCUCGCAUCUUCACCAAGCUGCUGAUCACCGACGACAAGAAGAACACGCUCAUCUUCUUCCUGGUCUCCAUUAGCAUGGAAAUGCUGUGCUUCCUGCUGCACCUGCUGGUCCGCCGCUCACGAUUCGUCCGCUAUUACACCAGCGUCACUCAGGGCAAAGGUCCCGGCAAAUGUCACGACCCACGGGACAACGGGACCGGGUACAAGGUCCACCACGAUGUCACUGCAGAGGAAGUAAGAUUU